CUCAUCCAUCAUUUUUUGUGAGCAAUACAACUAUAGAGUUUCUCUCAUCUUCUUGUGUCUCGUUCUUGUGAGUUGAGUGAGUUUGAGAGCUUGUGAGAAUGCUGUCUUGAGCUUGUGAGAAGGUUGUCUAGCAUCUCUAACGGAAUUGAGAGCUAGGGCCGCACGACCAAGAGUAAGGCCGUGACAGUUGGUAUCAGAGCCUGGUUCUGAAAGAAGAACCGGUGUCCUCACUCCCCAAGAAGGAAGAUAAGAAAGAGCGAGAGCCUCACCAAAGAUGGCUGGAUCAGAAGUCCACGACGAUGCGGAGAAGCACCGUGGAAGGGAUACCGUGAAGAAUCCCAAACCAAAGGGUGACAAGUCAAGCACUCGUGAUCCUAUGACGUCUCUAGAGCGGCGUGUCUCUAGAGUGGAAGUGAAGUUGGCAGAAGACAUCACUGCCAUCGAGGAUUUGGGAGGUAACUUCGCCCAAGUCGAAAGCGAUAUUCAAGGUUUGAAUGCUCGUUUGUCGAGCUUGGAGAUCAACCAUGAUGGGAUGCGAGAAGAGCUUGUGGCUCUCAUCACCAACACCAUCUCCGAAACCGUGAGCACCGCCAUUGCUGUCGUGAAAGAGCAUGUACAGGCCGAGCUGGUGGGCGUGAAGGAAGAGAUUGCAGACCUCAAGAGUGAGGUCACUCUCGUGAAGAGAGCUAUGGCUAACGGACCUGCCAUCGCACAACCUACCUCAACCAUGGAGAUUCCUAGACCAAAGAGCUUUCAAGGGUCGAGGAAUGCAAGGGAGUUAGAGAACUUCCUAUGGAGCUUGGAGCAAUACUUCGAAGCUUCGGGUAUUCGAGAUGAGAAUACCAAGGUAAAAACUGCACCUCUCUACUUGAGUGAUGUUGCCAUGCUGUGGUGGAGAAGGACCCAAGGCGAUAUCAAUAAAGGGACGUGCGUGAUGGAGUCAUGGGAUGACUUCAAGAGGGAGAUCAAGAGGCAAUUCUACCCAGAGAAUGUUGAGUUUGAAGCCCGGUCGAGACUAAGGAGGCUUGCUCACGAAGGAGAAAUUCGAGGGUAUGUGAAGGAGUUUUCUGAAUUGUUGCUCGAGAUCCCCGACUACACCGACAAGGAGGCCAUGUUCACCUUCCUUGACGACCUGCAACCAUGGGCGAAGUUGGAGCUACAACGGCGAGGCGUGCAAAGUCUUGCCGAGGCAAUGGCGAUUGCCGAGUCCCUAGUCGAGUACCACGAGCCGGAGGAACGUGCGGAGUUCGGAGGCAAUGGAGGUGGAUGCGACUAUGAUAGAGACACACGAAGGCGUGGUAGACCGGACCAAGGAGGUAGUCAUAAGGUUGAGAAACCACUUACUUGCUUUCUUUGUGAUGGUCCACAUCGUGUGAGAGAUUGCCCAAGAAAGCACAAGUUGUCGGCAAUGAAGGCCGUACUGGCAGAGUGCUCGAGCUCGGAAGAGGAAGCAGAGGAGACUCCUAAAGUGGAGCCCCAUGUCGCGAAGAUGGGUUGCAUGAAGAGAUUGAGCGUCAUCAAGCGGGCGGAAGAGCCUCCCCAUCCCGAGCAGCACAGCCAAUGCUUCGUAGAGGCGAAGCUCAACCAAAGGAAAACAAAAGCCUUAGUUGAUACUGGGGCAAGUUGCAACCUUCUUGACGUAGGUGAAGCACAGAGGCUAGGCAUCACGUACGAGAAGAAGCAAAGAGGGUGGAUGAAAGCUACCAACUCAAGGGCCACAAGAACUCAUGGAGUAGCGCGCCAGGUGCCACUCAAGCUUGGAGGAUGGACCGGGGUAGCGGACUUUGAGGUUGUGUCGUUGGAUGAUUAUCAGGUCAUCAUCGGCAUGGAGUUCAUGGUGCGGGAGAAAGCUUUCCUGAUUCCCUACGCCAAUAGAUUUUGCAUCAAUGGUGGAGCAAGGUUGGUUCCCAUGAAAAGAGAGCAACUUGCGUCAAGCAAGAGUUGUUUGGCGAGGAAAGGGAAGCAAGAAGUGGCAACGAUGGUGGAGGCAGGAGCUCACUCAAAGACUCGUUGGAGAAGGACGAGAAGGAGUGCACCACAUCGUGGAGCCAUGAAAGACGAGGAGGGGUCAUCUUCGACUUGCCAUGAGAAGCAAGGAAAGGCCACCAUGAUCGAGAAGGCGGGACGCUCGGAGACGCGACGGAGAAUACCGCGGAGGAGUGCGCAACAUCAUGGGAGCACAAGGCUCGAGAGCGAGCCAGGGCCAUCCUUGGUUUGGAGGAAGGUGCAACAAGACCUUGCAAGCAAUGAAGCUAAGGCAAGGAAGGCGUCUGCCAAAGAGCCACGACGAGGGCGUCGUGGAUUGAGUGAAGGAGAAUGUCACCAACGAGGCUUAAGAGUCGAAAGAGGCUGCUCGAGGUCGAAGGAGGCAUUUCGUAGCAAGGACGCGACGAGGGCGUCGCGAGCAUAGGUGGGGGAGGAUGUCACAUGUGGCAGAUGACAUGGCGCCAACAAGGUGACAACAUGGCGGCUGCACAUGUGGCGUGUAUGGAAGACUAGUAGCAUAGAGAUGCUCCUAGGAUUCUCCACCUAAAUGAGAUCUUAAUGGUGCACUUAUGAGUCACAUAAUGGGUGAUAUUGAUAGAGUGCAUUAUGGGGGAAACUUAAUAGGGUGUAGUAAUGGGGAGGGACCAUUAUGAGGGGCAUUGAUGCCUUGUAUGAGGAGAGGCCUAUAUAAGGAGCCAUCUCCCUCACUUGUAACUCAUCCAUCAUUUUUUGUGAGCAAUACAACUAUAGAGUUUCUCCCAUCUUCUUGUGUCUUGUUCUUGUGAGUUGAGUGAGUUUGAGAGCUUUUGAGAAUGGAGAGCUAGGGCCGCACGACCAAGAGUAAGGCCGUGACACUACAAACAGAGAGUGGUAACUUCCUGUUGUUUUCAAAAAAUGAUAAAAUGGUUUUUUCAUCAGUCUCCAAUUUUUGUUUUCUCAUAUUUUCCUACGACAUAACUUUUUUCUUCUUAUUGAUGAAGUUCAAUAUUUGAAUGAUAUUACGCAAUUAUUUUUUAGUAUAUUUAUUUUAGUCCUUUAAUUUUUCUAUUUUAACUAAAUUUUCUCUUUUUAUUAGAUAUAAUUUUCAUCUUAUAUACUAUUUAAAACCAAAUGAAUUAAUAAAUUAUUUCAAUUCAAAAUGAAUUACUAUGUGAAAUUCAUUUUCAGAUGAAUUCCUAUGUUCGAAGUGCUAUCCAAAUUAUGUUUGGAACACAUUAUAAUUUAAUUAAAUAAAAACCUUCCAAAAUGUACCCUAAUUUAGUAACUAAUUAACAUAUGAUGUGUAUCUUGUGUACCGUCGAUGUUCACCCAUAUGAUAGGGGGUAAAAAAGCAAAUUUAUAUGCUUAUUUAACAUUCAAAAGUCCACCGAAAUCAUAUCGUUUAUGUCACCCUCUACUAAAAUGCGGCCUCAACAGUCGAAACUAGUAUCAUAUAUGUAUAAAGACGUACUUGAUCAAUGGAUCAUCUUUAAGAACAACUAGUUUGACGUCCUAGAUCGGAAUAAACAGUACAACUUGUU